UGGCUACGAAAUGCAACCGUCAAAAAACACGCCACGUAUGAUGGAUAUUUUCAAAAAUAUGUUCACAUAAAUUCACGAUAAAUUUCUAUUCGUCAUGUCUUCGUCAAACGGAACGGAAAUUCGAGGAGAGGGCAUGACUCUCAAUCAUCACUCCCCUGCUUACGCCUACUGCCCGACGUGUUCCAAGAACGUGGUAACCGAGGUCCGAAUAUCCUAUUCAAAAAUCGCUCACCUCACAUGCAUCGUAUGCGUAUUGUCUGGUUGUCUUUUCGGUUGCUGUCUUCUUCCUUAUUUCUCGAUGUGUUUCGUAACCGCGAAACAUUAUUGUCCCGAUUGUGGUGGUUACUUAGGAUCUUACAAUCCGUUGCUGGAAGUUCUUUCCUAGUCGGAUAUACGAGUU